AUGGGGCUGUGGACGGGGUUGUUUGUUCUCUUUGCCUGGCAAAUGGGGGCUGUUGGUGCUCAAAGAGCACCUGCCAACUCUGUGUUCUAUGAAUGCAACAGAACUAGCAUCCAUUUGGUUGUGAAGAUAGACCCUUGGAGCACUGGUCUCAAGCUCAAUCCACAGUUCCUGAGCCUGGGCAGCUGCCUCUCCUCCUCUGAGAAUAACCGCCAAGGCUUCUUCCAUUUCCAGUACUACUUCAAGGAGUGUGGCUUUGCACGGCUGAAAUCUGGCAAAAUGGUUGAGCACCUUACCAACCUGGUUUACAGUCCUCCGUCCCUCCGAGGAAGGUUUUACAACAGCCCUUUUGCUGAGAGGAUAAACUGCACUGACUAUGAGGCCCGUGUUACUCCUCCACAGAUGGCAUUGUUGACCGGCCAGCUUUCUGCUUCAAGUAUGCUAAAGUUCACUGUAAAGCUAAUGAAUGAGGACUUCAGUGCUCCAUCGGACAUGAAGAUUUUUUUCCUGGGCUCGCAUAUCAAUAUAGAAUUUGCCGUACAGAGCUUCUUCCACCAGACUCUGCGAAUAUUUGUGGACGAAUGCACUGCUGCUGCCACUCCAGAACUUCACAGAUCUCCCAGGAACUACAGUAUUAUCACUAACCAUGGGUGUCUCGUGGAUGGCAUGGUAGCCAGUUCCUCAUUCCUUCCUCGGCCAGCUCCUGAAGUGAUCCAUCUCUCUAUGCAGGCUUUUGAAUUUGUUGGCAUAAACACUGACGUUUAUAUACAUUGCCAGGUUCUAGUUUGGGACCCAGAAGUUCUCACUGAUCCCCUGAAGAAGGCCUGCUCAUUUCAUCGAGACACCAAGAGGUGGGAACUCUUAGAUGAUCCCUCAAGUUCUGUGUGCAGCUGUUGUGAGUCAGAGUGUCAGACUACUGGAUCUCGCCACAAGAGAGAUCUGGAAGUGCAGAGUGGUCCGCAUUAUAAUGUGGUAGUUGGCCACCUGAGGAUUCAAAAACCAGCUCAACACACAGGCAGUGAUGAAUGGGAUUCGAACAGUUCUCUGGCUGUCAGAAACCACAAAGGUGGGAAACACAAUGUGAUGCCUCCAGCAGUUGGUGCUCUGCUCCUGGAAGUGGCUGUGGUGGCCGUGCUGUCCUUGGGCUUCUGCUUCUACAACGGCUACCAGAAAAGACUUUGCCUUUCCAAGAGGGAAGAGUAUAGGAACCUGGCCUCUCGGCCACUGGUGGUUGCUGACCAGGACUGUGGAACUGCCCAGGUUCUGGCACAAGAAAAUGGCUUGCCCAACCCAACUGCUGAUUCCAGCUCUUAUCCUGGUACAACUGCAGCGCCCGGCUUCUUCCAAAGAGUCUUUAACGCGGCUAGGGGUCUGGUCUCCCCCAUACGGCACGAUGCUUCUACCACCAUGAGUACCGCAGCACCUGGUUUUCCAGCAGCCAGCCCCCGUGCUCAUGUACCGUUCACGCAAGAGCCUCUGCUGAAGGGAGUCGGCCAGGUGAACUUCUCUCUGGGGAUUUUAAAUGAGGACCUCAGUGUUGCUGAAGAACCUGGUGCCUAUGUUGAAGGCUCUGCUGUCCACAUUGAGGCAAGGGUCCAGACUGCUCCAGGCAUGCUGUUCCCCAAAAUCUUCAUCGAUGAGUGCUACGGGACUAACACAAAGCAGCAGAUCCAUCCUAGGAGGCUCUAUGAGAUUGUCGACAACCAUGGGUGCCUGUAUUCUGCGGAGUCAGAGACUGUGGCUUCUUGGUUCCGGAAAGAGGACUCUGUGAUUGUAUUUACGAUACCUGCCUUCUUGCUGACUGGAAAACCAGAAGAGGAGAUCUAUAUCCACUGCCUCCUGACAGCCUGGAGCCAAAAAAUUCCCACCAGCCCUGGCAAGAAAGCUUGUUACUUCAACAGGGUCUCUUCCAGCUGGAAGAAUAUAGAUGAACCAUCCAAGACUUCUGUGUGCAACUGUUGUGACAACUCCUGUCCCACAGAACCCCCUCGUCCUGGAAAUUUCAAAGGUACAAGCACCUGGAUCCAGUUUUUAAGCUAA